AUGAAAGUGCCGACUCAAUUUGAAGUUUGAAGAUUCAGUAUACAUUUGAAGCACUAUGAACGAAAAUGGCGAUAGGAAUACUUUUAACUCGAUAACUUCCUAGCAGUCCAGCUUUAUGUGAUGCUGAUGACGAUUACAUGACGAUUUGCUUGGUUGAUUGACUCUUUUGACAGAUUACGUCAUCCGCUGAUUAGACAGCUGUUUCAAUUAGGAUUUUUUGUAAUAAUCGAAAACUAGAAACGUAAAUAGUGUAAUUGUGAUUUUAAAAUGUCUUACGCGUACUUGUUCAAAUAUAUAAUAAUUGGAGACACAGGUGUGGGCAAAUCCUGCCUGCUGCUCCAGUUUACGGACAAGCGUUUUCAACCUGUUCAUGAUCUGACGAUCGGCGUGGAAUUCGGAGCGCGCAUGAUCACCAUUGACAGCAAACAAAUCAAAUUGCAGAUCUGGGACACAGCUGGUCAAGAAGCGUUCAGGUCUAUCACGCGCUCGUACUACCGUGGCGCUGCGGGCGCGUUGCUCGUCUACGACAUCACGCGCAGGGAGACAUUCAAUCAUCUCACCACUUGGCUGGAUGAUGCCAGGCAGCAUUCCAACUCUAAUAUGGUCAUCAUGCUCAUUGGCAACAAAAGUGAUCUAGAGAGCCGUCGUGAGGUGAAAAAAGAAGAGGGAGAGGCAUUUGCGCGGGAGCAUGGCCUGGUGUUCAUGGAAACAUCUGCCAAAACGGCAGCCAAUGUGGAAGAAGCCUUCAUCAACACAGCCAAAGAGAUCUAUGAGAAGAUUCAGGAAGGCGUAUUCGAUAUAAACAACGAGGCGAACGGUAUAAAGAUAGGCCCCCAGCAUUCACCGACGAACCCAUCUUUGCCAGGAGCCGGCGGUAGCUCGGGUUCGCAAGGUUCCGGAUGCUGCUAGAGGUGCAAUUAAGGCCCCCCCACGCCAAACCUACCUUCUUACCCUAAUACACACCCCGCAAAGGGCUCCUUUCCCCACUUAUAUACCCUUAUUAUUACUAUUAUUAUUGUGUAAUGAAUGUAUGACUGGUCGGAGUAUGUACCACAUAAUGAAACUGUCAAAGUCGUCAACGGUGUCAAAGUUAGAGAACAUAGUUGUUUCAUAGGUACUAGCACUACAUAGUUGAACUGAGGAUAUGGUGUAAAUUAAAUGCGUCAAGUAGAUCGACUCGGUACUUGCCGUACUUUGCAUCAUUGGAUGAGAAUUUUAUAUGAAAUUAGUAAACUAAUAUGUACUUUCUUACUAUUAUCUUCGCCGAAAUUCAUCCGUUGUAUCUUAGAGUCUACUUUUUUAAUAAACUGAAUUCCUAAUAUAAAGGAUCUCGAUAAUGCCUGAAAUUGGUUCUAUCCCAUUAAGCAUGUCUUGAAGAUUAAAGAAUCUAAAGUGAAUGUAGUUCAGCAUUUUUAAGAUUAUUAAUAUUCCUAGAUAGAUAAGAAAAUUUAGAUACCUUGGCACAAAUUGGCGACGUAUUUUGACACAGUUUUGUCGUGUGAUGAUAGAUACGUCAGUGUUGAAGUGAUAUCUCCACGAAAUAGUAUAUUAUAUCCGGCAUGGACAUUUUGCAUAAAUGAUUAUUUUAAGUGAAAGUUACACGUCUAUUUUUCAUCUUCGGCGAUUGAUAACAUACAGGUUCGUACCAGCAUUAGUUUAAACUCAAUUCAGUUGCGGAUAAGUUUCAACAUUGGCAUGGAAUUUUGUGAUCAUAAUUAUAUACAGAAGUAGGCAAAGUUUUUUUUUGAAUCAGGGGAAAUCCUAACUAAGACGAUGUUUUUUUAUCAGAAACCCCGGCUUACAACAACUCUUACCCUAGAAAACCUUCAAGGAUCAUCCUGUAUGUGGGAAUAAUAUAUUCACUACAAUAGAAUUAAAAACAAAGAGAUGAUUGGUAUAAAAAUCCAAGAAGAGUUUGCUUAGUUUUGUGGUGAAUUUAUGGUACAAAAAAUAGCUUCUUAACAUACAGGCUUUGCAUUACAUUACUUGAAAGGGUAGGCUGUAACGUUCACAUUCGUGAACAAUAAUUAUUCUGUUAUGUGUGAACUGAUCGUCAACACGAAGAGAAAUUAGCAGGUGAAAAAUAAUAGAUCAAUAUUAAUAUAAUAUAUAAUAAGCUGACAGAAAAUGAUUUUAAAAAUUUAAUAGUUUUUUCUUUAUAGCAUAUUUCAUCUACAAAAAUGCGUAAUAAGGUAUUUAAGUUUAAGAAGCUGCCGUUAUUCAGUGUAACUAUAUUCCAAUAUAUUUAAUACUACACAGCCUAUAACAUAUUCCGCUAUUACACAGCGUCAGUCAGCCACGCACCACAAUUGCGCAUGACAGCUUCUAGCGACGUGUGUCAAUUUGUCCAAAAAUUCGGGUAGUUUUAGGGAGUCGCGCUCAUGUGUAGUAUUAAGUGUGUGACUAUUGGCGGGGGACACAUCGUAAAGAUGGCGCUGCUAAAAUAAAAUAUGCCGGACUAAAGAUAGCUGGUUUGAAUCUUGUAUUUGCAGCUUCAGGCAUAACGUCGACUUAUAGUCGACUUAGAAAAACAUCUGCGGGCGCCUCUUGUACUUCUUUUGGUGCUUUGCGUCCCGCAGCCUAGCAACAUUUACCGAAAUUUCAACUUUUUAUUGAAACCUGAAUAAAAGACGCUUGUAAACUUUUGAACAGUUACUUUUUACUAAAUAGUUACCCUCGCUAAUAUUACAGUUAAUUUCAGUACUGCGUUGCGUUUUGAGUGUAUCACGCGUGUUGACGACCGGAUCACAUUUGGCCGACUAUUCAAAUAGAUUUUUAUUUUUAUUUGUUAUUUUAUUUAUAGUUUUUGUAAUUUUAUUUUUUUAACUACGGCGUUGCAGGUUCGCUCGUGCGUUGCUGUCUCGUUUAGACAUCUCUACGUCAUUAUUAUGUUACGUUCCAAUAGUGUUUUGAUCUAAGUUACGUACUAUGGAAACCAAAAGUGUAUCGGAUAAUGUGUAUGUACGUUUGUCUCAGAUUUUUUAAUGUGAGCUUCAUGAGGAAAAUACAAAUUGUGUUUUAAUUGUAUCUGGUUGUGUCUUUUCUUUUGUGGCGCCCAACGAAGAUGCUCUAGUCCGAGCAGGAGGUCGCGCAACUUUACCAGUGAGUUUUGAUGCUGGUCGAGUUUUUAGUUUUGGUAUUCGUAUCGGAAAUUGCCAAGGUACGUAAUUCCACUUAUUAAAACUGCGUGUCUAGAAUGUCAGGCAGAGUUUUGUGUUUUUUAAAACACCUUCCUAAAACUAGAACAGUUUCCCAGGCACUUCGACUUUACUCUAGGAAAGCGAGUAGCAAUGGAACUACAACCCCUUACAAAACGGUGAAACCACGUAGAACCAUAAAAGAUGACAGUAGCUUGGUAUGGAAGGAUCCAAACUUUGAACUCUUAGCUGCAAAUGGCUUUCCUCUUUUCUUACCUGGGGAUGUAGGGUUGGCAUGGUAUGACUCCCAGACAACCAUCAAGACCCAUCAUGAAUUAAUCAUGGAACAAAUUGAUGAUACUAGUGAUGGAAAUAGUAAAGGGAACAUGAUAUGUAGGGUUCACCCAUGCCCUACAGUAUUACGUAAAACAGUUGGAGACCUGUUCCCAUAUAGAACAUUUGAGGAAAGUUGUGAUCUCUCAGUUGUUACCAUCAGUCUAAAGCCAAACAUCAAGCUGAUGAGAAGUAACAAGGAGCUGGAAACUGAAAAACAAGCUCAAACUUUUCUCAUUGCCUCAAAGAAUAUUUGUGACAAACUGAGAAAGACUGGGUAUUGGGCAGACUUUAUAAAUCCUUUUUCUGGAAGGCCAUACUUUACACCAUCUUCUUUAAAAGAAUUGUAUGAAACUGACGAAAAAUUUAGGUGCAUGGAUUUUCAAAUAUUUGAAAUCAAAGAUUGCACUGUAGUAGCAAAUGAACAUGGGUCUUCUAAACAAUUUAUAGGUAGUAUGUUCACAACAGCUCCUUGCAACAAGAAUCAACUAAACACCAUUUUUACAUGAGAUAGCCAAAUUAGAAAUUUUCACAGUUGAACAAGGUUCAUAUUAGAGCUGUGGAUGUAUAUUUUCAAAAAAUUGUAAAUAAAAUUGUUA